AUGGUCAAAGCUAUACCUAAAGUUUCAAUAGCUAGAAAUGGUCUUGGAUCAUAUAUUCAACCAUGUUAUAAAAUAACGUUACAAUAUUGUAAUUGGGGUGGAUCUUCACAAGGUUUAAGAGAUUUAUUAACCAAUGGGAAAUUAAAUCAAUUUGCUUUAAAUAAUUUACAAACUAUAUUUGAAAUUAAACAACAAAGAGGUCAUCCUUUAUUAAUAUGUAAUUAUAAUAAUAAUACUCAACAUGAAGUUGAAAUUAAAAAUUUAUCAGAUCUGGAAAUUAUAAAAAAAUUGGAUGAAUAUAUACAAAGAUCAGGUAAUGAGAGAUUUAAAUAUAAUCAUAAAGUAAUGAGUGAUAAUGAUUCUGUUAGAGGUAUAUGGUCACCUUUAUUUGAACCAAAAGAUCAUAGACAUAAAAUAUAA